AUGGACCCAACAGAUUUACUACCGCAGCUCGAGCAGCUGGAUGACAAUGUGGACGACCUUGAAGAGGUCCUGCAGCCAUUCUUGGGCAGUUCCUUGACCAAAAUGUCGAAGAAUUUGCCCGUCAUGGACAAGGCCAAACUUCAUGUCCUGAUCACCUAUGCCCUCGAAUCAUUAAUUUUCUCUUACUUAAGACUACAUGGCGUGGAUGCCAAGCAACACCCUGUUUUCCGGGAACUCACUCGCGUAAAGCAGUACUUUGACAAGAUCAAGGCGCUGGAAACAGAGCCCGAGCAACGCACCAUGACACUCGAUAAGGCAGCUGCAAAUCGCUUCAUUAAGCACGGUCUGAUCCAACCAGUCACUAACAAACUGGGUCAGGCUGGUAAUCAUAAGAUUGAUCUGGAGCGGGCAGAGAAGGAAGCCAAGGAGCGGGCGCGCGCUCAACUCAAAGCUGUGAUGCUUGCUAAGAAGGCCGCUGCUGCCGCGUCUCAGGAAGGUGGCACUGGCGCUGCCCCAUCUACUGCCCAGUCUCACGCCGACUCCGAAGAUUCUGAUGAAGAAAUGGACGAUGAGGAAGCCGCUGAGCAACACAGCCAAUUGAAACAGAAUAAGAAAGCCAAGAAUGAUAAAGCCAAGGCCCCAAGUAGGGGUGGCAAGAAGCACAGCCGGAAGACAACCAAGGCUGAGCUCAGAGAGGAGAAAAAAGACAGGCGGCAGAAGAAGGAGGAUUCCCGCAAGGCGCGGAAGGCCAAAUAG